CGCAAGCGGCUAUAUCAAACAUCGCAGACAUCAAAAGAAUGUUGAACUCCCUGCGUGUCUACGAGCUCCAAGACUUUCUCUCUGCCGCCAGCCAGGCUCGAGCUGGACGCAAACCAGAGCUCGUAGCCCGUGCUAUGGCCGCCGUACAGCGUGAUCAUCGUCUCGUAGCGAGAUUGAGACAGCUGUAUGAGGCCAAACGGUGUACAACGUCUCUGACGGGAUUUCGCUCACGACCCGCGCCUUACCACAAAGUCGAAUCGGAACGGACGUUACCGACGGCGGCGCCGAGCGCUGCGCACGGCCAGAUCAACAAGCGAGGGAUAAUGCCGGUGGACGUGAAAUUUUGUCGUCUGGCUUUCUAUGACCACAUCGACACCAUUAUCCGGGCAUCUUAUCUCAGGGAUAUGUCCUCGAGUUUGUACAGUCGGUCGCGUUCUGAUCGUUCUAUGGCGUCAGUUCACUUUCAACUCACUCCCGCACAGUCGCAGCAAAUUAGAGCCGGAAGAUCUGUGAGAUAUGGAAAGAUGAACAGUAUCCAGGAACAUUACAACAUUCAAGUUCAACUUCGAUUAUGUAAACUGGAGACGAGCUGUCAACAGAGGGACAAAUUCCCCUCUAUGUGUACAAUUACUGUCAACAACAAUGUGGUUCCACUUCCAUCGUACGUUUAUUCGCCUGUUGAGCUGAAAAAGUGUGGUGUGCCUUUGGAUAUUACAAGGUUCUGUCGAUUGCAGCCAUACGAGGAUAAUAGUAUACGAGUUGCAUGGGUCAACAAUGCACAACAGCCUCAACAGUACUCAAUGCAAUUGACACUAGUUAAAGAGCUCUCAUCAUCCAACUUGCUACAUCAACUGAGAACCAAAGGAAUACGUAACGCUGACCAUUCGCGAGCCCUCAUCAAGGACAAGCUGACAAACUCACCCGAGAGUGAAGUAGCACUCACCAGUCUGAGGGUUUCACUGUUAUGUCCACUGGGCAAGAUGAGAAUGUCAUUACCUUGCAGAGGAGCUGCGUGUAAUCACUUGCAGUGUUUUGAUGGGACCUUGUACGUUCAGAUGAACGAGAAGAAGUCGUCGUGGAUAUGCCCAGUAUGUGAUCAAGCGCUGCCGUUCGAGAGUCUGUUCAUUGACGGUCUUUUCACCGAAAUAUUGAGUGCUAAUCCACGCAGUAAUGAGAUAGAGUUUCUUCAUGACGGUUCCUGGAAGGUGAUGCAACAGCAAUCAGGAAAAACUGAUUUUUCAGUUCUAACAUCGAAGUUUGGCAGUCCUGCAAGUUGCAACGGUCUAGAAGGUCCUGAUGCUAUCAUUGCUGGUCUGAUGAGGAAACCGGACAGCUCGCUGUCUGCACUACCUCCUCUCAAACGAGCGGAGGGAGCGCUGCUGCUCAUCCUAUAG